GAGUCCAGUGGCACCUUAGAGACCAACAAGGUUUUCAGGGUAUAAGCUUUUGAGAGCCAGAGCUCUCUUCAGAAUAGAUUGAACACAUCUGUAGGAAUUGAGUAUGCGCAGGAGAACAAUUUCAUCCCAUCUGAGCACUUGAAGUGAGAGCAAGUGGUUAGCUACCAUUUCCCUGAGAAGAGGGUGUGAAUCUGCUGAUAAGGAUACUCUCGUAUUUCAUGUUUCAUCACCCAGCCACUGUAUUAGCUUUGAACUCAUCUAGAUCUUACUUAAUCCAGCACAGCAGAAACAGAUAGGAGGAAACAAAAAACAGUCUUUGCCAUGAGUCGUUACUGCUUCUCUAACCUUCUGGACUGGAUGUAUGGUGGAGUGGACCCAAGUUUUGAAGGUAACGGGGGUCCUGAAUGUGCUGCUUUCCUCCCAUGGCAACAGCGUCUGGUGGAAAGCCUGAUUUUUCUAAGUGUGGGAGUUCUGGAGAUCGUGGUUUCACUGCAACGGAUUAAACAGUCCUAUUCGAAGGAGGUGGGAGAUCUGAUGGCUCAGUCUCGGAACAAGGAAGAAAGUUUGGGGAAGAACCUCUUGCUGGUGUCUCUCUGCCUUACUUUUGGAUUAGAAUUAGGGUUCAAGUUUGCUUCUAAAACUGUCAUCUACUUGAUGAAUCCCUGCCAUGUGGUCACUGUGUUGCAGAUUUUUCUGCUUGCCUGUCCACCCUGUCAACUUGCGAUGACUGUCUUCAGGUUGCAGAUGCAUAUGUUAAACGGGGCACUCUUGGCAUUGCUGUUUCCUGUAGUUAACACACGACUGCUACCUUUUGAAUUAGAGGUUUAUUACAUCCAGCAUGUCAUGCUGUACAUUGUUCCCAUCUACCUACUAUGGAAAAGAGGUAUCUACACUCCUGAGCCGCCUUGCAAUUUCUGGUGGGCACUGCUAUCUACUGGACUGAUGUUUGUCUAUCAUUUCAGCAUUUUACAAACUCUGGGACUGGUCACAGAAGUGAACUUGAACAACAUGCUGUGCCCUGCCAUCUCGGAUCCUUUCUAUGGCCCCUGGUAUAGAAUCUGGGCAUCUGGCCAUCAGACAAUCAUGACUAUGAUUCAUGGGAAACUCAUAACUGUUGUCUUUAACGGUGCUGUUCCUGUCCUUAAGUUCUGCGUGGAUUUGCUUCGACUCCCAGCUAAGAAACUGUACUGACUCUUCUCCACAGAGGGAAGUGCUUACAGUGCAGAAAAGAACUGGGAUUUGGGUUUUUGUGCCGGAGAAGAAAGGGAUGGGCAAAGAAUCCCACACGAGUGGUUCCUUCUUUUACAAAGCAAGGUGUUCUCACUGUCACCCUGACUACUGUCUUCACUGCCCACUGCCAAUGGCGAAACUUGUGGCCUUACCCACAGAGAGGGAGAUACUCAUUUGUUGUACAGUUUGUAGUCUUGAGAGCAGAAUCUUGGGCCUUUUUUAGCCUGAAGAAUUUCAGUUUCCUCACCUCUUGGGGACCCAGUCAAGGGUCUCCUGUACUAGGAUUAUUUUUACCAGCUAUCCUGUGUGUGUGUUUAAAUUUGCCUAUUGAAAGUAUAGGAAGUAAAAUGAAUAGGAAAUGCACUAUGCUUUGUGGGCACUGAUCGCUUGUACAGGGCAGGCGUUGCCUUUUCCCCACGGCUUCAUUUUGCCCACAGCUAUGAUUGGCCAUCUGAAGGGUUCCUGGAAACCACGUGAGGAAAGAAGGCUCCCCCUCCACUGCCUGUGCUUAGCAAAAGGUAUGCAACUAGGGGAACCUGGGUGAAUCUGCACCACAUCAAUGUUCACCCAUCUCUCUGUCUUAGUUUUUUAAAACACUUCUACUGCAUCUGCCCUCCUUCAUUUCACUAUAAUGCUUGUUUCAUUUGUGCAAAUUGCUGAGAUCUCAGAUGGAGUAGUAGGUCUGCCGGUAAACAAGUGUUUGUUACAGUGAUGUUCAAAAUUUGGUGAAUGCUGACAAAUGAUGAAUUGUACGGAAGCUCAGAAUGUGUAUGUAUUUCCACACUUUUUGUACAAAUUCAUGGGAAUUACUGACUGUCACAUUUAACUGACUGUCAACAUUCAAAACUAUAUAUCCAAGUUUUCAGACAGUUGCAAAUUUUUUCUGGGAUGACUACCAUGCCCACGUGAAUGCCAACAUUCACCCUUUGUCAGGCAUGCACUAUCACACCCAUCUAGCUAUCCAGCAUCAAAAGCUAUUCUUAUACAGAUACCCACACACACAACAUAGGGGGUUUUGCUAGAAAGAUUACAAUGCAUAGGGUAUUACCUUCAAAUCAUAGCUGUAUUGAGAAUCUUUAUGAAGCUAUCUGUUUGGAACUCCAUGUGACUUAUGUCAGUGGGUUCCUAGAAAGCUAAUUUACAAGAAGAACUAUAUUUGAAAAUGUUGUUAUCUUGUGCAUCUAACACAUACUUGGGAGUAAGUCAUGUUGAACUCAUUGGGAUUUAUUUUUGAGUAAACAAUUUUAGGCUGAAGUUGCAAAUAAGAGAUUGCAAAUCUUGUGCAUGUUAACUCAGAAAUAAGUUGAGCACAGAGAGCUUACUCUUUAGUAAUGUACUCCAUUGCCAUGCAAAUAGUAGAAAGUAAUUUUCUUAUAAGGAGGAAGGGGACACCAUUUACGAUUGGCUGGUGUCUCGUUGUAUUUCAGCCUAGAUGCAAUUAUUCUUCAGGAGUACCUUUAUCUCUGAAUUUUAUGAGGUAUAAAUUAAUCAUCUGAUAAUAAUCAGAGACAGUUGCUCCUGAUCAAUAUAAUAAUAGGGGGACCCAUCCUGUCCUUUAUAAAUAGCACCUUUUCUCUUCAUUAAAACGUGUCUCCGUCUCACACAGCUGUGAUGCACAGUUGCCCCCAUUUGUGUGAGUAACCCUCCCACUGUUCUUAGCGAGCUUUGCUCUGGAGUGCACAUUCAUAUAGCUGCACUGAAUAAUGGCUGACAAGCUUAUGCAUGCUCACCUGGGAGUGCAUCCCAUCAAGCUUCUUAGUGGAUUUGGGGGAAAAAAGCAAAGUUUUUGUUUUAUUUUGUAGUUCUUUUUGCAAUUGCAAUCAUAAGUGUGAUCAAGUUGUUUCAGUAUCUUAUUCUGAAGUUAGUUGCACCCUUGCUUUGUAUGAAACCUGAUAGAUGCAUGUUGCAUUUCCUAAGCUCAACACCCAAGCAUUUCCUAGACUCUACCAGGGUCUGCUAAUGGGAGGAGGGUUAGCUUUAGAGGGCAGACACUACUGCAUCACAUUCCUAUUGAGCUCUCUCCUCAAACUCUGCCCUCCCCAGGCACUAUCCCCAAAUCUCUAGUAAUGAAGUAAAUAAACCUCACUAAAAAUUUCCCUGAUUCACCUAUGUAAGAUGCCCUCAUCCUUCCCAGAGUUCCUUGUGCCUAGGCCCUUCUCAAAUGCAAGAUUUCCAGCAAGAGAGAACUGCCUCAUUACCUUAUUAAAUGAGAUUUACAAUUUUUAAAGCUAAUUUUGAUUGAAGUGUACACAGCUCUAUGCAUUUUUGCAUGCUAUGAGGAACUGUGGCUGCAGCUGAAAGGCAUUCUAGGGUUGCCAGUUGCCUGGAGAAAAUUUGUCCUGUCCCUUCAAUAGGUGCUUGGUUGGAUUUUAUUUACCAGAUGAUGUUAUUCCCCAGAGUUGCCACUGGUGGCAGCUGGACUGGUGAGGGGGUUUCAAGAAUGGUAGCUAGACCAAUCCUAAGCAGGUGUACUUAGAACCCUUCUCAAGCUUAUUCAGUGGGGCUUACAAUGGGGAAAGUGUUCUUAGGAUCACACUUGAUAACAAAACCUAGCAGUUCUGUUAUCAAGUAAAAACUUGCAGGAGAAAGGGAGAAAAAAGGCUGUUACAAGUUUUAAUGUAGAUUGGUCUGCUUAUUAAAUUUAGAUCAAACAAAAUGUUACAAGAUAGUCAGCAAUUCUACAGAUUCUUCUUCAGGCUGGUUGUUAAGUCAAACAAAAAUAGUUAAAAGGGGGUGGGUGUGUUUGGGGGCAUGGUAGACCCCCAGUUCCAAUCAUAGUGCAAUUUCAGAUACAAAGAAUAUUGUUACUAAUACUAUUUAUUUAUAAUCCACCUUUUAUCACUGAGAUCCAAGGUGGAUUACACAAUGUUGAGAGAAAAUACGAUAUAAUCAACAACUAGGAGAUUCACAGAGCAAAAUAUGAUAAUGAACAACAGUUAGGUUGUUCAGUGAAAGAAAUACGAUAAGGACAUCUGAGCUGCCUUGUGCUUGGAAAGCAGAGUCCUUCCCUGGAAUGCUCGUCACCACCUGGCAGGUCCUUGUCCAAAGAAGAGAUCAAGGAGGGGGGGAAGGGGGGUGCGAUUCUGUCUUCUCUCUUGUUAGAGGCACAGUAGUCAUUUAUCUCUGAAAGUAUAGCAAUUUGGCUCAACAGUGUUCCCCCCACCCCUUCUUAAUUCUUUGACAGGUGUCUGUGCUCCUGAGCUGCUUUGCUAUUUCUGGUGGGCACUGCUGUCCACUGGACUGAUUUUGAAGUUUUUAGUUGCUAGGGGAACUGGGCAGGUAAAUAGUUGCUAUGAGAAUUAACAAAACAUGCUCUCUCCCCCCACCCACCUUUCCCAGGUCACAGAAGUAAACAACAUGCUGUGCCCUGCCAUCUCGGAUCCUUUCUAUGGCCCCUGGUAUAGAAUCUGGGCAUCUGACCAUCAAUCAUGACUGUGGUUCAUGGGAAACUCAUAACCGUUGUCUUUAACGGUGCUGUUCCUGUCCUUAAGUUCUGCGUGGAUUUGCUUCGACUCCCAGCUAAGAAAAUGUACUGACUCUUCUCCACAGAGGGAAGUGCUUACAGUGGGAUUUGGGUUUUUGUGCCGGAGAAGAAAGGGAUGGGCAAGGGAUCCCACACAAGCGGUUCCUUCUUUUACAAAGCAAGGUGUUCUCACUGUCACCCUGACUACUGUCUUCACUGCCCACUGCCAAUGGCGAAACUUGUGGCCUUACCCACGGAGAGGGAGAUACUCAUUUGUUGUACAGUUUGUAGUCUUGAGAGCAGAAUCUUGGGCCUUUUUUAGCCUGAAGAAUUUCAGUUUCCUCACCUCUUGGGGACCCAGUCAAGGGUCUCCUGUACUAGGAUUAUUUUUCCAGCUAUCCUGUGUGUGUGUUUAAAUUUUCCUAUUCAAAGUGUAGGAAGAAAAAUGAAUAGGAAGUCCACUAUGGUUUUUGGGCACUGACCACUUGCACAGGGCAGGCGUUGCCUUUUCCCCACGGCUUCAUUUUGCCCACAGGUAUGCUUGCAGCUGUUUUGUGGGGCUGGGGAGGGUGUGUGUGUGUCUCCUAAUCUAUCAGUACAAAUCAGCAAAAUUCUGUUCUGUCAAAACUGGUGGAAACAGUGGGGGGAAAGAGCAAGAAGGUACACUUUUGAAAUAGACUUUUCCCGCUGCUAUAGAUUCUGCUCCAGUAUGCUGAAAUCCCACCGUAUCCAAUAGUCUAGGGACUGUUCCCCUCCGCAAACUGAAGCAUAUUUUCAAGUUAGUGACAGCUUUUUCAUGGCUGCCUUGUGGUGCCUACUCAGCAGCAUUAUAUACUUCCCUGAGAAACCACAGCACUGUUUGGUUCUGCUGGUUCACUAGAGGUGCCGCAAGCGGAAGUGGAUGUCUUGUGAAGAAUUAAAUAGGCUUACAUUCUGUGUGGGAAAGCCCAGAUGAAGGAAGAAAUCGUUAGCCUUCUUGGAAGAAGUGCUCACCUGGCUUCAGACUCAUUUCAGGAGUGUGCAGUUCUCUUCCCCUCUCCUCCCUCCUAAUAUGCCUUGGAUUGCAUCUCCUUAGUUGUGGAAAUGUAAGCUGCCAAAACUGCCAUACUUCCUGUGAGCAGAUUGAUCCAAGGGGAUGUGUCCUGCACCAUGCAGCCAGUGAUACCUCAAAUGCAGCGAUCUUGCCUUAAAGUUCAACAUUACGGCUCAUCUCACUAAGAAGGGAAGAUACCGGCUGUGUGGGGGGACAUAGGCGAGAAGGGAUUACAGAGGGCAUUUCUGAGUAUUUCUGUCCUCUUAACUAAAGUUGAAUUUAUUUAGAACACAUCAUUGUGUUCUAGUGAAUAUUCUGAAAUGGCUUGGUUAACAGCUGCCUGUGCCAUUCAGCUGUGUGUUACGUUGCUUUUCCACAAGCUCUAAACUUACUCCCAACUUUCCCAGCCUAUUUAACAAAUACGUAUGUUGGGGGUACCUGGCCUCAUUAACAAACAUUUGCAGUGAAAUCCUAAGCCCGUGGGCUUAGACUGGAGUAACUCUGUUUAGGAUUUCACUGUUGGAACUCUUCCUUAAUGUGAUUCACUGAAAGUGCCGUGUAUUCUUUACUACUGUUUCCCCCUCUGGAGCAUUCCGUACAAAUGCAUUAAAGAAUUUCAGAUGUAUAAUUCAGGCCUGUCUACCCCACUCCCCUUUUCCGAAGCGGCAGGUAAUCAAAUCAAAAGUGGCUUUUCUAGCAGACUUGACUCGCUUAAAAUCCACUUGUCACUUAAGUUGAAUAACAUCAUUCACAGAUCUGACUGAACAACUGUGUUUGCAUGUGAGCCACAAAUGGCGAUGAUGAUUUACUAGGAAGUGUUUGUGGGUGUCCUGGGUGGAGCAACCUCUGCUCCCACUCCCCACACCAGCAUGCUGUUGCUUAAGAUUCCAAGCUCUUUGGUGGGCUAACUUCAACCUCCCCGUAGUAGUAAAUAUUAAUGCCCUGUAUCCUGUCCAUUCACCUUCAGUCACUGGCAGUUUUCAAGAAGAGGCUGGAUGAAUAUUUGUCAGGGAUGCUUUAGGCUCAUCCUGCAUUGGGCAGGGGGUUGGACUAGAAGGUCUGUAUGGCCCCUUCCAACUCUGUGAUUCUGUAUUGUAAGACUAUCCCACAGCAUAGCCUAAGCCUAGCCAAGAAAAGGUGUUUGAACCAAGGCAGAUAUCUCAUUUUCAAGACGAAGUACACUUGAUAGGUUGGAUCAGCAGCUCUAUCAGGACAUUGAAGCUGGCAGGGUGUAUCUUCCUUGCUUUCCCUGCCUGCUGCAGCCCACUAAACUGUCUGACCCUCAGUUGAGGUGUGGGGGGGGGGGGCAAAGGCCCCUCAGGAACAGUGGGGGGGAUGGGAAUCUGCAGUAGAAAGGAGAAAUUGGCAAAAAUUUGGCCUGCCCCUUCUUUGUCAACAGGUGCUGUUCCAUGGGUUUAACAGGACCUUUUAAAUCCAACCUUAUGUUGGGUAGGGGCAUUUCUUCGAUAGUAACUUUUGCUUCAAUUACCAGAACUGGAAAAAAGCAACAGGAACAGGUAAACCUGGUCCUCAAACCACAUUGAAUGCUAUCCCUCAAAAAUUGUAUUGUGGUAUUUUAUAUAUCUGCCUAAAUAAGUGGCAGUAUCAGUAUGCACUCAGUUUGUAGCAACUUCUGUAUCUGAUCUUUCAGUCCAGAUCUCUGACCCUGUUCUGUCCAGGGCUUUAGUACAACUCUCUAGGGCUAGGUUUUGUAUAGCAGGACCUCCAUUUUGUAAAAACAACACAGUGGUGGGAACAAUCUGUGCACUUUAAUGUUCUAGAGUACCUCAGCGUAACUAUUACUAUCUCCGGUGGCUUACGUCAGGAGUUUGAUAUUUCUGUAUAUUUGAUAAUUCAAUGUUUUGUAGACUCCCUGGUUCUUCUUUUAGAAUCAGCUGCUUCCUCAUUAUGUACUUGAUUUUAUGCCUCUGCACUGUGUAUAUACAUACCCUAAUUUUCUCUUCAUUUAUGGUUCCGUGGUGGGAUGGGGUGAAACUACAUUGUGCCAUUUUUUUCUAUAGCAAUUUGUAUUCAUGGAGCUUUGUUUCUCAGAGGACAAAGAGGAUGUGCCAGAGGCAUGCUCUUGCCUGUUUCUCAAAAGUGUUGUGGAGUUGCUAAUAUAUCCCUGUUAAAUCCAGCCAAAAUGAGGGGAAAGUCCACCCCACCUCCAGUUGGGACCCUCUGGUAGCUACCUGCUGUUUUUCAGAAGUGUCUUCAGAUAGAUGUACAUUUCUUCCUGUUUGCCAUUUUAGUAAAAAGCCAAGCAGUUGUCUGACUUUUCAAAUUGUACUACUGUGUUUUGUUCUGCACUUCUAGUACUGUUUCAGUAAAGCUUAUUCCAUCUUCCAGUCUUGCCUGUUUGCUUCCUCCUCUAUGCGAUGAUCCACAAUGGAGUUUUGCAACUGGUGACUCUUCCUCUUUUCUUGUCCAGAGCAGCGUGGAUGCUUCUCCUACUGCUUCCCAGUCACUUGAAGUAUAGUAAUUUUUAUACAUUUUUGACUGUACUAAACCUGGUUAAUGGACAACAUUUUCAAAAGAGAAUUUUGUGUAUUUGGGGGGGGGGUUGGGGUAAUUCUGUCUCCAAUGUCUCAUCUCUAUAAAUAAAAUUCUACUCUUUGGGUG